AUGUCUCUGCUCUUGCGCCAUCGUGAUACCAACAGCGCCACCGGCUCAGUCGGUGCCGGCGCGGGGGACUGGAGAGCGCAUGCAUCGCCAGAGGAUUUUAUUCUCGAAGGAUGGAGUGAAGGCUUCAUGGUUGGCGCCCUGAUCAUCAUGGCGUGCAUAACCAUAGCGAACAUGCGCAGCAAAGUCUUAUUGCACAAGCUCAUUCUCCUCGAGCAGCUCCUCGCCAUGUCCCACGGCACCUUCUGCUUCAUGGCCUUCAAGGGCUACGGAUGGUACCUAUCCGCCACCGCAAUGCUCCUGUACUGUUCCUGGUUUAUCCACAAUAUCGUUGCCUGGAUGAAGAUCAAGCCCUUCUUCAUCGACCGCGGCUCCCUCUUCCCGGCCAAAGUCGGCAAAUGGACCCGCUACAUCUACAUGACGACGCUGUUUUGCACCAUCCCACCUAUCAUCUUGCAGAUCUACGAUAACUUUCGUUUCUUCAACAACAUUAACGACUUUUAUACCCACGUUCGGCCCUAUGAGCCGCUGUUCAGGGAUCCCUGGUGGGUAUUUACUUGUCUGGUUCUAUUCCACGUCGUCCAGAAGUGUUACGGUACUGGCGUUGUUGAGCUGAUCAAGCGCUCACCGCGAUUCGGCAUUCUUCUGACAGCCAUUAUACUCGCGCUCGCCUUUACGGCUCUCGACAUCGCCUCAUCUAUACACGACUUUCUUGGCACUACCGAUGGCAUCAACCCCUGGUGGAAGUUGUCAUUAGUCUUCAAAUGCCUUACAGAUACCAUCAUGUUGGAUGAUUUCAAAACCGAGCUCAAGCGUCUGGGCAUCAAACGCAUCCGCAAAGAAGAGCUGCGGCGCCAAUCCUUCGCCCUCGUCCUCGAGGACAAGGACACGGACGAAAACGGCGAGCUCGAGUUCGCCGACGCCCUCAACGUCUCCCCCGAGCGUCUGGCCGAGGAUCGCAGGCGCACCGACGUUCCUAACUCACCAAACAGUCCCAGAGGCAGAUUGCGCAACGACUCGGUCAUCCAACAACAACGGGGCGAAGCUCGCACGUCCGUCGGCAAAGGCGGGCGCCGCAUAUCGCAGCUACCCGGCCUCGGCAUUGCCAAGGGCUUGCGUUUCGGGAAGAAAAGAAAGGGCGGCAGUGCUUGGGACCUAGAGAGAGACGCGCCCGACGUGCAUCGCUGCGAGCCGCAUCAGGACCCCCUAGAGCGGGCGCGUACGUGUGAAUCGAAUGCGCGGACAGAGAGGACGGUUGCCCAUGACAGGUUUCAUGAUGAUAUAUCGGAGAUGUCGACGAACCACAUCAGCGGGCGCUCGAGUCCCUCGUCACGGCACAAAGUCGAAGAUCAUGAGGGCGCUGCGGCUGCAGAGGGAGAGGGUGAGGCCCCAGCUAAAUCGCCGGAUUUCGACAGUAUCGAUUUCCAGACAAAGCCGGCGGGGUUGUGA